UCUAUAAGAAUUUUAGAUAUAAAUUAUGCCAGAGUGUGUACCCUGUGCUGCAGCACCCUGCGCACCCACAGCAGGUAUUAAAAGCGGUCUCCAAGAUGGUAAACCAAUGGACGGUAAACAGGAGCGACCAUGCCCUUGUAGGAGUUGCUGUUGCGGAAAGGCGGCUCCUGUCAAACCAUGUUACAAGCAGCCUAAGAUACCUGAAUCGUAUGCUCCCCGGCGAUGUUACAUGAAACCGACGGCUCGUGUAGAAUCCUGCACAACUUACAAGUUAUCCUACCUUCCUGUAGACGGGUGCAAAAACCUCAGAGGAGAAGCGAAGAAGCCGCCGGUGAACUUGGUGCCCAGUUGCGAGCCAAUGGAAUCUUGUACAGUCCAAAAAAUGUCCUUCCUGCCAAAUCCGGUGUGUGUGACGCAGUCUAUACGGCCUUGUCACCACGACAUGUGGGGCCAGGGGCCGAUGCAAAACAUCACAACUCAGCGGCACGACUACGUAGCCAAGCCAUGUGUUCUCCGGGAAAGUUGCAAGCCACCUGCAAAAUUUCAUUCAGUUGAACAACCGUUUGAGAAUCGCACCGUCAACAAACUAUCGUAUUUGCCUCCCGAAAAGAUAGAACUUGUGAAGUCGUUUGCACCUGAACGUUGUUACGAACGCCCCGCAGCUAAAAUGGACGACAGCACCACACAUAAAUUGAGCUAUAUGCAUAAUCAGAUAUUACCAAAAGAACCGUUGCCGUGGGCCUGUAAAGGACAAUAUCAAAAACCGUGUCAGAAGUUAGAAGCCAACACGACAUAUACUAUGAGCUACUUGGAUUCAAAGAACGAUUGUCGACGGAGAGCAAUAAUUCCUGAUAGCUGUACCAACCCCGUCACAGCUUCGAAAAGAUUUGAGACUCAGACAAUUUACAAAAACAGCUAUCUCCCCGCAUCAGCCACAAUUCCGCAACCAGUAAAGCCCUUGCCUAAUCUCGUUCCCUCCACUGCAUUAAUGGAAGGAGAUACCGUUCAGAAGUUAUCAUUUCUACCGAACCCGGUGUGCAUAACGCAAGCAAUCCGACCGUGUCACCACGACAUGUGGGGUCAGGGACCGAUGCAGAACAUCACGACACAGCGGCACGACUACGUACCGAAGCCGACUGCAUUGCGAGAAUCUUUCAAGCCGGCCCAUAAAUAUCAUUGCGUUGAACAACCUUUUGAAAAUCGUACCGUGAAUCGGAUGUCAUACUUGAACCCAGGACGUGUGGCUCCGCUGGAAUCCUACGCUCCUACCAGAUGCUACGAAAAACCCGCUGCGAAAAUGGAAUGCGACACCAUUCAGAAGAUGUCGUAUCAGCCGGUCUGUGCGCCUUCGCCACAGCGGCCGCCCUGGGCUUGCAAAGGACAAUACCAGAAGCCAUGUCAAAAGUUGGAAGGAACAACUGUCUAUAAAUCAUCAUUCCUACCCCCGGGCGAAGAUUGCUCUGAAUACAUGGAUCCUUGCUCGUACGGAGACUGUAAACCUUGCGAUUGUGUCUGCCCUUCACAAUGUAUAGCAACGGAUCCCUGUGCUUGCAAUUUCCCCAAAGCUGAAUGCUGCAGUUAACAUCAUAUGUACAAUGUGACUUUGAAUUCUAAAUUUAAAUGUAAAACUAAGAUGGCGCACUACCAUGAAACGGCCAGAGUUUUUACUUUUUAUACCU